CCUUGGCAUAUUGACUAUGUCUCCAGAUCAGCAUCCAAGCGCUUCCACUGCACGAAUUAGAAGUGAAACACACCAUCUCUACUACAAACCCCACGUAGACGUGAGCUGUCGCGGUGAUGGUCAUGUCGAGAUGGUGAAAGGCGCCGCAUCGCGAAAGUCAAGCGGACCAAAACAGCCUCUCCGGACUGCUUCGAAGACUGGAGACUCCAGGUUUGUGAGGUCAGUCGACGGCAAGCCCUCUUUGCCCUUGGACUUGCAACAGAGAUGCUUGAACAUCUUCCGUGACGCCUUUGAGCCUGGUAUCGGGGAUAGCUCGAUCGUGCAGGAGGUUAAAGGUCACUUGUACAACCGUGACUUCGCCGCUGCUUUUGCGAAGGAUGAGUACUUGAGAGUGUACGCUGGGCGAUGGAGUCCAGCUCGCGCUUUGGGUUAUCUGGAUGUACUGCAUGGGUUGCAGGCACAGCUUGUGGCGCAUGGCGAUGGUUCGAAGGCUGGAAAUGAAUGCAUGCGGGUUGUGUGCCUUGGUGGCGGCGCUGGGUCAGAAGUUGUCGCGCUUGCGGGCUGGCUGAGCAUGUUGUUCGAGGAGGACGUAGGCUCGAUGCUACAUGCUCACUUCGUGGAUGUCGCAAGCUGGAAUGUUGUAGUCUCCGACCUACAUCACCAAGCCAUUACCGCUCCCCAGCUUUCCAAGUACGCUUCAGCCGCUGCUCGAGAAGCGAACAAGCCACUAGUCCAAGGUGGUGCCUUUUUCUGCGCGUUUCACCAACAAGACGUGCUAGACUGGCCGGAUAGUGAGCUCAGAAGUAUCGUAACUCCAGACACCAGGCUAGUGACGCUUUUGUUCACGCUUAACGAGCUGUACUCCACCAGCCUCGCCAAGACGCAGCAACUGCUUUCUCGGUUGACGGACGCCAUGCCGGCAGACUCGUGUUUGCUGGUUGUAGACAGCCCCGGAAGCUACAGCACGGUCUCUUUCAACAGCACGGAGAAACGGUACCCGAUGCUCUGGUUGCUCGAUCAUCUGCUUCUGGGUGGUGAGGCCAAGCCGGCAGGUCCGCAAUGGGAGAAGGUCGUCAGUGAUGGUAGCAGAUGGUUCCGUCUCCCACCAGGCCUGGAGUAUCCGAUCGAGCUGGAGAAUAUGCGGUAUCAGUUGCAUCUUUAUCGCAGAGUCAAUAACAUCGAGGCAGGCUGAUGGCAAAGGCUGAAAGUGAAGCUAUCAUGACAAUACGACAGAUUUGAGAGUACCAUCACAGCAUCAUCAUGGACCAUACCGCUGCAAGCUCAUGGUCCCGGUAUCGUCCAUCCUUCUUUUUGGG